AUGGUGGACUUGGUGCUCCUGCUGCUAAUACAAACUCUCAGACUUCACACAGCGGCCUGUGCUCCAGAGAGUGUGUUUGCUGAAGAGGGAACGUCCAUCACCCUGGUCAUGAACAGAAACAACACUGCAGAUGCAGAUCGUAUCGUUUGGACUUUUAACCAGACGAGCAUUGUUACAUAUCUUCCACAUCAUAAUCAUGCAGAUCGCAAAUUGAAAGUUUCACCCUCCUACCAGAGCAGAGUAGAGUUCAAUACCAGAGACCUGUCUAUGGAGCUGAAGAACCUGAAGAAGAAUGACACUGGACUCUACACAGGAGAGAUGACUAUGGAGGGGACUAAGACUGCUGUUGAAUACUUUCUCUACGUUUUGGGGCCAGUUGAGAAGCCAGUCCUGACUACACAUAUGUCUCAGGUGAUGGUGUCGUGUAGAGCUGGUGACCUCUCUGUGACCUCUAGCUGCAACAUCAGCACCUGCACACAGGAUGGAGACUCUACUCAUGGUGGCCUCAGCAUCUUCACCAGGCACGGCUCCAUCAUCUGUAACCAUAGCAACCCAGUCAGCUGGAGCCAGGAUGCAGUGGACAUUGGGGACCUCUGCCAACCUGAACCAAGUUCCACUUCCAAACUACAUCAUUCAGUGGGGGGAAUCUUCCCCAAUGGCAUGUUGCCAGACGAUACUUGGACAGAGGUGAUCUACUCCACUCGUCGGCCUUGGUGCCAUGGCUUGGCUGGGCCAAUCAGAGUUGGCCCUGAGUUGGCCCACAUUCGACGCAGUACAUCAUGUGGUGCCAACUCCGGACCUGAAGCGAGAGCUGCAAACUUGCUUGGCGCGUGGCCGCUUGUGUCUUUGUGCCACCGCGCGCCCGUGCCCUUGCCCGUGCCCGUGCCCGUGCCCGUGCCCGUGCCUGUGCCUGUCCUCCGCUGUAAAAUGUAA